ACUAGUACGGCGUAUACCAUUGUUAACAUUGUAGUUAAUCAGUUUUAUAGUCAGUAAAUAAACACAAACAUGUUUCGAAAUGUUAUACCGAGAGCAAUGCAAAGUAUUUCAGGAAUUAAUAUUAGAGGAAUGUGCUCAGAUGUUAAAUUGGAAAAAACAAUUAACCAAGUGACUUUAUUAGGAAGAGUUGGAAGUGAACCGCAAAAAAAGGGAAAUAAUGAACAUCCUGUUGUUAUGUUUUCUCUAGCAACGCAUAGCAAUUAUAAAUAUGGUAAUGGGGAUUUUGUGCAACGAACGGACUGGCAUAGGAUAUGCAUUUUUAAACCAAGUCUUCGUGAAACUGUGCUCAACUAUUUAAAAAGAGGUCAAAGAAUACUGGUCAUUGGAAAGAUAAACUAUGGUGAAUUUAAGGACUUAGAAGGACAAACAAAAGCUAGUACAGCAGUGAUAGCGGAGGAGGUGGUCUUUUUCCAAAUGGCAUAACAAAAUCAAUGACUUUCUUAUUAG